CACACACGCUUCUCACUCACUCACUCCCACAGUUAUAUCGCUCUGAUAAGUUGUGCAGGCUGGUAUGCUCUCCUCAUAUAAUGUGCUGGAGUAUAUUGGUGAUAUACUACAUUAUCCUGCACUAAGAACUUGCCUGAGUAUACUGACCUGAUAUGCCGUGUCUGUAUACUGAAUACAUAGUUAAUGGUGAUAUACUGACCCAAUAUAUACUGUGCUUUUAUACUAAUCCGAUAUACUGUGCAAUUAUACUGAGCCGAUAUACUGUGCAAUUAUACUGAGCCGAUAUACUGUGCAAUUAUACUGAGCCAAUAUUUCCAGCUAGAAAACUGACUUAGUAUACUGAGGCGAAGAAAGUAUACUAUUAUGAAAAUGUAACUGAGAGGGUGAGGAUCAGGUGAGUUUGUACCUGGACAGUGAAGCAGAGGCGGACACCUGGGCUACAAUGCUUAAGAUCACCACCGUCAAGCGUUCACUGCAACUGGAGGGCCUCAACCUGGAGUGUGGUGCUGCAGAUUACCCCUCCCCUGGGGCUGAGGGGGAUGUGUGUCGGGGGGACUCCUGCCACGGCGACACCUUCCAGGAGGACGAAGUGGACGAGGAUGAGCUCACUAGGGAAGCUCUCGACACUUUAAUUGGAUUUCUUCACCCGUCUUAUUGUGAGGAGGAGGACACAGCCAGCGGGGACUCGUGUGAGACGGAAAGCCAGGAGGAGGAGGAUGGCGGCAGUGGGCGGUGCGGGGUGACCCAGGACGCCCCGGGAGGCGGAAGUGUUCGUUUUCGCCAUCCGCGUCGCCUCUCUCACACUAACGCCCGUGACGACUCUGGCAGGAGAGAACUGCUCCAGCAGAUGUUGGCCACCAAGUCUCUCCUGGAGAAGAAACAGAAGAACCGACGAUCAGGGGCAGGGGCGUGGGUCCUGACGGCGGGGGAGGUGGUGAACGAGUACAAUAGGGCACAGCACGAGGCACAGCAGUCUGCCCUAAGGAAGGCCGUCAUCCUCAGACAACGUAAGAACUCAACGGCCAUCAAGAUGGCGACGCUGGAGAGACAACAGUCAUCCAAGAAGACCCGGGAGGCAGACGUGAGUGUACAACUGGAGGCGUUAAGGAAUCGUCUCUCCUCUCUGGACACCCAACUGAAGGAGAGCGAGCAAGACACUGAGAGGAUGCUGCAGGAUCUCGAACAAAGACGAAACCAAGAACUUCACCUCAUUAAAGAUUUGGGAGGCGUGGACGACGGCCUUGGAGGGGAGCUAGGGGGCGUGUCUAGAGGCUGCGGCAGUGAGGAGGGCACCUUGGUGAAGGGUUCUCAUGGAGGAUCACUAAUGGGCUCUCUUCCCUCUAUCCCUUCCAUUGUUGUCUCCCCCAGCGAAAGAAAGGCGCCAGAGAAAAUUUUCGGAAUUAAGGUGGGUAACAGGGAGGGUCGACUGAAGGCUCGUAACCCACUCCAUUUCCUGGACCUGAAGCUUAGAGUGUCACGGCGCCACAAGAGCACAGAAUGUCUCACCACCACCACCACCCUCCCUCACACACCCAACAGAUCUCACAGCAGUACACCAGCCAACGGGUCAUGUAGCGAUAACAGCAGUGACGACGAAUUGGAUCACCAUCACCGCCAGCACCACAACCAUCAUCACCACCAUCACCAUCGACCACCAGCCAUCCGGACAGAGAUUCGUAAGGAGGCGCUGCAGGAGAUCGAAACCUUCAAGCAACUGAUCGAACGUUAUUUUACUUUACAUCCUCGUCAUGACAGCAUUACAGCCCACGCCCACGAGAUUAUCCUGUAGCAGUCACGGGAGGAUGAGGAGCUUCUGCAGUAGUUCUAGGGUCCUCUUGAAAUGACUAAGGGUAGGAAUAUUGUGGUAGCCUUAGGACACAACUGAAGUAGCCCCUAGGAUACACCUGUAGUAGCCCUGGGAUACACCUGUAAUAGCCCCUGGGAUACACCUGUAAUAGACUCUGGGAUACACCUGUAGUAGCCCUUGGACACCUGUAAUAGCCCUAGGAUACACCUGUAUUAGUCUGAGGACACACCUGUAGUAGCCCUUGGACACCUUUAAUAACCCUAGGACACACCUGUAUUAGUCUUAGAACACACCUGCAGUAGCCCCGAGAACGUCCUGCCAGAGACUAGUAUGGUAUAAAUUUCCUGCAGCUAGUAUAGGAGAAAAACUUCCUGACGAAGGCCUGGGGAUAGGGUACCAGCACUUCAGGGAGUUCCUCUAACACGACGGUGCAUAACACUCCAAACAUACAUACAUUAAGGUGUGUGAGGUGGCUGACUAUUAACUAGGAAUGUUGAUUGUAAAUUUAUAUAAAGAAUUAAAGGAGAGGUUGAAAGGUAAAUAUAUGGAGAGAGAGAGAGAGAGAGAGAGAGAGAGAGAGAGAGAGAGAGAGAGAGAGAGAGAGAGA